AUGGACCACCCUUCCGACGGAUCGCCCAAAAGCGUGAGGCCGCCGUCUUCCUCCUUUUCGUCUUCGGCUUCGGCUUCGUCCUCAUCUCUGUCCGAGGUGGCCGAUGCCGUUCCAGAUAAUCGCAAGGAUAGCGCCAAGGAUAGUGGCAACGAUGAUGGACGUAGCACCAGCGGCAAGGGGGAGAAGAAGAGCAGGGCCUCGUUGAGGGGCGAGAGGGAGGAGAGGAAGACCGCCGCCCUCGAUUUCGCAAGCCUGCGCGAGCGGCUGCAGGAAAUCAAACACAUGCAGGAGAAGAGCGGCUCGCAUUGGAGUGAAAAGAGGGCGCAGGAGGGACUCAACUUCCUCCUCGACCAGGAGGACCUCCUGAGGAAGAAGCUCGACUCUACCGCCUCCUCGCCCGAGAAGAAGUUCCCCAUUCCCGCCCCUUCAUCUUCGAAGAAACGGAGCGAAUGGCGAUCGAGCAGCACCUCUCUACAGCAGCUGCUGAACGAGGUGUCUGGCGAGAUCAAGGAGCUCAGGGACUAUCUCGUCAACAAGCGUGGCGGCAGCAGCGGAUCGAGCCGCCCGCCCGCUGGACACAAGAAGUCCACAGGCUCCACCGCCAGCCUCAAAAGGCGAAGGGGCGAGGGCGCAAGCGACGUGCCCAACGCGAAGGAAUCGAAGCAAAAGGAUGCCAACGACGUCUCCACGACCGAGGAGAGCUUCACCAACGCCGAGUACUCGGUCAUGAGCGAACUCGACACCGAGUCCUUUGAAGAUUUCAGCGAUGACGAAGAACACGAGCAAGCGAACAGUCUCGAUUGGAACGUGAUGUUCCAGUCCGUGCUGCAGGAGUCGCCAUCGCCCAACCGAGACGCGCAGUGGUUCGGGCUCACCCAGGACUUCCUGCACAAUGCCAUCACGUACGGCAAGAUCAUCAUCUCGGAGACCUUCAUCCCCACGCGCAGCAAGACCAUCCCGCCCAUCCCGUCCAACAACAGCGGCGAGGAGUGCUACGAGGUCUACAUCCACAAGGGCAUCCUCUACAAGCUCUACCUCGACACCCAGAAGAACUUUGGCAGCACGCACCACGCCAUGAAGGUGGCCUCCAACGAGAUGAAGGGCUGGCGCAGCCUCUACAAGUGCAACAUCACCGGUCUCUACUUCCCCUUCAGCAUCCAGAUCGACUUCCAGGGCUUCCGUCUGCUCGCCCAAAGUGUUCUGCCGAUUGAUGACACGAGGACCAUUGCCUACGGGUCGAGCGGCGACUGCACGAUCCACAACGACAGCGAGGAGCUCGACUGUAAGAUGACCGAAGCGGGCAUCAGCCUCAACCUCAAGAAGCACCUCGUGGGCGAUAAGGAGAUGGCGCUGGCAGCCGAUAUCGAAGGCCACUGCGGCACGGAUGGCCUCUACUAUGUGACCGGCUUCGGUCUGUCCCGUAUAAUGCCACCCGAAACUCCAGAGAGAGGUAUCCAGCACACGGGACUAUGCCACCGUCUGCGGGCCGAGUUUGUAGCCAAGAACCCAUGCCCCCUGUCGAGCGACGCCUUCUCGCGGUUCGGCGUGACCGCGCAGGAGAACAAUCACGAGGUGAUGGAAGCCACCAAGAUGCUCCACAACGUGGUCAUCCCCCAGUUCGCCCAGUGGCUCGACCAGCAGGACGAAAAGUACAUCAAAUCGACGUUUGCUGAGAACACCGCGGACGUGUUGCAUGAGCACGGUAUCAACAUCCGGAAGCUGGGCUACGUGCGAAGCCACGUGUGCUCGGCCGCUGUCCGUAACGUACUACUUCACGAGAUCCUCGCUCGCGCCAUCAAGAACCAGCUUCGCCUGCGGCUCAGGCAGAAGACCAAGGAGGUGCCACCCAUGCUGCUCACCCCUGUACAAUACGCGGUGGUCGACUUCUUGAACAACGUCUUUGGCGACACCAAGGAGGCGAAGAAGUAUUGGAAAGAGGAGCUCGUGGUCGUGGUGAUGAGGGAGUUCCCGCAGUGCCUGCUCGAAUCGGAGAUGGAAGUCGAUCUUCGCGAAUUCACCACGGACGACGAAGAAGAGAAAGAUCAGGGCAAGCGCGCCAAGAAGGGGAAGAUGAAGGAGAAGCUCACCAAGGAGAAGGACCAGGAGAAGGUCAAGGCCAGCAAGAAGAAGGAGCUCAAGAAGAAGGACAAGGAAAGAGAGAAGGAGAAGGAGAAGGAGAAGGAGAAGGAGAAAGAGAAGGAAAAGGAGAAGGAGAAAGAGAAGGAGAAAGACAAGAAGCAGAGGGAGGUGAAGAUCACCAAGGAGCAGUCGAGGGAGCAGAUCAAGGAGGCGAAGCCAGCCAAGACCAGCAAGUGGAAGGACUCCAAGUCCAAGAUCCGCUCCAAGGAAAAGGAGAAGAAGAAGGAGGAGAAGGCCAACUCGCGCAAGAGCGGGUCCGGCCCGCUGCUCGGUAGCAGCAGCGGCGCCACCGACAACAGCAACAGGCCCAACAUCGAGGACGUCCCCUUCACGCCCGUCGACACCAACGCGCUCUUCCAAAAAGUGCUGGGCAUGUGCGGCAUUGUUCUCUCCGUCAAGGCGCAGCAGCAGCACUUUGACAACACCAAGGACAUUGUGGGCAUGCAGACGCGCAUCAAGUUCAUGACCGACGCCAGCGGAUCGAUGGAUCGCACCUUUAUGUGA